AUGUCGAUGUUGAAGAAUGUUUCUCAAAGACCCUCCUUCGGUUCCAGGUAUUUUUCGAGGAAUUUCUCAUCAAUCGAACCCAUUCACUCGAUUCACAUUCCAUUAGGGUUUCAUCGAUUCAAUAUGGGAAUGUUGAUGUUGAAGAAUGUUGGUCGACGACCCCCCUCAAGUUCCAGGUAUUUUUCGAGGACUCUCUCAUCAAUCGAACCCAUUCCCAAAAGCCAUCUGAAAAUUGAGAGAAAGCUGCCUCUUUUGCUUCGUUUACAUGGAAACAACAUUGAGGUAGACGUCGGGUUUAGGCGUACCUAUUUCUCUCUGCUUUCCUGGGACGACAAAUCAUUAUCCACACAACUCCACUUGCCAUUUCCUACAAUUAAUCACGUGAGCUAUUGUGAUGGAGUGGUGUGCGUCGCCGCUGGGUUAAUAAAGGAUAGAGUUGCCCUUUGGAACCCGUCGACUGACGAAUUCAAGUUCCUUCCUAAGACCAGCAUCCAACUCCAUCCAGAUGCUGAUCAUCUCAUGUUUCAUCCUCACGUGAUUGGGUUUGAUAGUCAUGCUCAAGAUUUUAAAGUACUAAGGUUCGUGACAACCGUUUUUCCUGAAGAAUAUUAUCUUGUGCCCGUGACGCAACAAUUGGAGUUGUACUCCCUAAAGUCCGAUUCUUGGGAGGAAUUACCUUAUAACCUUUCUACUGAUUUCUCCUAUAAUUCUGCUUCUGUAAAUGGGGUUGCUUAUUGGUGGGUUGAGAUAAACGCUAGUAUGGUACUUCUUACCUUUGACUUUGCAAGUAAACAGUUUUCUUUCCUUGAUCUUCCGGAUUCUGCUAACCGUGCUGCAGAAUUUUAUACACUGCAUCUUGCCGAGCGGGAUGGGUCGCUUGCAACUAUAAUCUACCCAAAAUAUGCAGAGGAAAAAACUUUUGAAUUGUGGGUGAGAUGUCAUGAUGGUUCCUGGGAGUGGAUAUCCACUUUUUGUGUUCCUGGUGUUGAUGUGCCAUUAGGGUUCUGGACAAAAGAUGAUCUGCUUUUUCGAGGCAAAGAUGAAUAUCUAAUCCUUUAUCACAUUGUCACUCAAGAUGUUAAGCAUCUUAAUAUCUCUGAUGAUCUUCCUUGUCUGAAGUUUGUUCCUUGUGUGGAGAGUGGAUUUCAGCUUGUUGGGAAAUCAGAGUUUAAAAACAAAGAGGUAUAG